AUGUCGGUAUCAAAGUGGCUAACGAAGCUAGGAGGAGAGAAGGGAUUCCAUUUCGGAGAAUGAUAAAGCGCGACGAAAAGGAAAAGGCGAAGAAUAUUAUAUUCAAUCACAUAAUGAAGAACCCAAAAGCAAAAGCAACAGAGAUUCACGCCUUACUCAAACAUCGCCACAAGAUAACAGUUAAUUCACAGUCGGUGUCGAAGUGGCUAAUCGAAGCUAGGAGGAGAGAAGGGAUUCCAUUUCGGAGAAUGAUAAAGCGCGACAAAAAGGAAAAGGCGAAGAAUAUUAUAUUCAAUCACAUAAUGAAGAACCCAAAUGCAAAAGCAACAGAGAUUCACGCAGCACUCAAAUAUCGCCACAAGAUAACAGUUAAUUUUGGGUCGGUAUCGAAGUGGCUAAACGAGGCUAAGAAGCGCGAAGAGCAGGCAAGGCCAAUGAUACAGUCCGACGUGAGAAAAAAGGCGAACAGUAUUAUAUUUGAUAACUUAAGAAAGGAACCAACCGCACGAAUAUCAGACAUUCAUGCCACACUCAAAGAACACUACAAGAUAAUAGUUAGUUUAUCGACGGUAAGAAGAUGGACUAAGGAAAUUAUGAAACGGUAAGUUGCUAUAUAGGUACAUAGCGGUCAUCGAUAGCAAAAUUUAUAUUCGCUAUAGUUCCUUCAGAUGUCAUUUUAACACAUAAACAUGAGUAAACAUAUGUAUAUUUAAUGAAAUUUUAUCAUGUGUCACAAUUAAUACCAAAUAAUCCUUCUCUUGUACUAGAAUUGUAUCAAUACAUGCAACAUAUUCGCUAUUAAUAAUUAAUAAUAUAAAUUAUGCGAAUAUAACAGAACUUUAAUCACACAGCAUUUAUUUGAGAAACUAUGCGCACGGGAGUUUGUCGGUGCACACACGUGAAAACGAUACAAAUGUAGAACUUCUUGUGCGCAUGUACCUAGAGCUAUUGAAUUUAAUUCCUUAUGAGAU